AUGGAACCUGGACAAGAGCCUCGGAUAUAUAGACGAUCAACACGGAAUAGACCACGGAAACGAAAUAGGGAUUAUGAUUUGUACUUAGCGUAUUGGAAUGUAAAUACAAUGUUACAGCCAGGAAAAAUGGCAGAAAUAAUUGACGAAUUAACUAAAUAUAAUAUGAAAAUUGCAGCUCUACAAGAACUAAGAUGGAAAGAGCAAGGGGAAAUUAAGAAAAAGUAUUAUUCUAUUUACUAUAGCGGCAGUGAAAAUCAGGGAUUAUACGGAACGGGAUUCUAUGUAAAUAAUCAAGUUCGUAAUAGUAUUAUUGGCUUUGAACCUGUGAGCGACCGAAUAUGUGUUCUCAAAAUUAAAGGAAAGUUUCAAAAUAUAACAUUUGUUUCAGUCUAUGCACCCACAAAUAAUGCAAAUGACGAAGAAAAGGACCUCUUUUAUGAUGAAUUGUCGAAAAUAUGUGAGAAGACAUCAAAACAUGAUGUAUUAGUAGUUGCUGGCGACUACAAUGCUAAAGUUGGUAGGGAAAGCUUUAUAAGGCAGGUUGCGGGAUUGCAUUCACUACACGAUGAAACAAGCGAGAAUGGAAUUCGUUUGGUGAAUUUCGCUUUGGAGAAUAAUUUAUGGAUUAGUAGUGUAUCAUUUAAACAUAAACGUAUACAUAAAUACACAUGGAAAAUACCUGGUGGGGGUAAUAACCAAAUCGAUCACAUAUUGGUUGAUAGAAGGCAUGCGACCACAAUACUUGAUGUAAAGUCGUGUAGAGGUGCGGACUGUGAUUCUGAUCACUACUUAAUUUGGGUAAAAUUUAGACAACGAAUAUCUAAUGAAACUACCAGAAACUCCUACAAACGUGUGAAAUGGAACACUGAUAAAUUGGCAGAUGAUAGAAUUAGGGCGGACUAUCAGACAAAAAUUAAUGAAAAGUUUCAAAACGUAGACAUAUUUCAAGGUUCUUCGGAGAAUUGGCAAGUUAUUGAACAAACUAUUAAAGAUGCGGCUAUGGAAAUAAUAGGUCACCGGUCAAGACGAAACGAAAAUAAUUGGUACGAUACUGAAUGUAAGAGGGUUAAUGAAUUAAAACAUGAAGCAUGGAAAAAAUAUGUUAACAGAGCUACGAGGAGAAAUUUAAGAAGAAAAAAGAGGGAGGCUCUUAAUGCUAAAGUCCUUGAAUUAGAACAAAACUCUAAAAGUCAUAUAAGAAAUUUCUACAGAGGUAUUAAAAACCAAACUACUCCUUACCAGCCCCGAUUGGGCAUUUGUAGAAACAGUUCAAAUGAAAUAAUAAUCGUGGGAGAAAAGAUUUUAGAUAGGUGGGAGGAGUAUUUCACUGAGUUGUUUAAAAAAUCCGAUUAUGAAAAUGAAUUGAACGAAAAUUUUGCGCCAAUAAGUAGCGCCGAAAACAGAGUCGAGGAACCUAGUAUUGAUGAGACAAAAGAUGCAAUCCAUAAACUGAAAAACAACAAAGCUAGUGGCGAAGAUUCAAUAACAGCGGAGUUGAUCAAGUACGGUGGAGAUGCAGUGUUACAGAAAAUACAUGAAUUGAUAAUUUUAAUAUGGAAGAAUGAAGAUAUACCAGAUUCCUGGAAUAGUACGUUAAUAUUUCCUGUGCAUAAGAAAGGAGAUAAAAAAGAGUGUAGAAACUAUCGUGGAAUAUUUCUCUUAAAUACAGCGUAUAAAGUUUUCACAAAUAUCCUAUAUGAUCGCAUUGGCAGCAUAGCAGAGGAAGUUAUAACUGAAUAUCAGUGUGGUUUCAGGAAAAACAAGUCAACCACGGAUCAGUGCUUCAUUUUGAGUCAAAUUUUUGAAAAAUUCAAUGAAUUUUCGAGGGAUGUACACUGCCUUUUUAUUGAUUUCAAACAGGCUUUUGAUAGCAUAAAUAGAGAGAAAAUUUUUGGAGUGAUGCAGAGAUUUGGCAUACCUGAGAAAUUGAUAAGGCUUACUUGUAUCACUUUGAAGGAUACAAGUGCGCAGGUUUUGGUACAAGGAAAAUUAACGACCCCUUUCCCCAUAGAAUCCGGUGUAAAACAGGGGUAUGCCCUUUCAUCACUGAUAUUCAACCUAAUGUUGCAUUAUGCUCUGAAAGAUAUUGGUACUGACAAAACAAUAUUUACCAGGUCAGUACAAAUGUGUGCAUAUGCGGACGAUAUGGUUAUAAUUGCCAGGAAUGUACGAAUACUAAAAGACACAUUUCUAAAACUAGAGCGAAAUACUAAUAAUAUCGGUCUCAGCAUAAACGAACAGAAAACGAAAUAUUUUGUAAAAGCCAGAAACUUGAGGGGUACGCAAAGUUUAAAUAUUGGAAAUUACAAGUUUGAAAGUGUACCUCAAAUUAAGUACUUAGGCGUCAUUUUCUCCAGCUCAGAUGACUCAACCAGUGCCAUUAAAGAAAGAAUAAGUGCGGCUAAUAAAUGUUUUUAUACUCAUUCAAAACUUAUACGUUCCAAAUUACUGUCAAUAAGGAGUAAAUUAAGUAUAUACAGAACAUUAAUUAAACCAGUACUCACCUAUGGUUGUGAAUGUUGGACAUUAAAAACAUCUGAUUCCAACUUAUUAUCUGUAUUUGAAAGAAAGAUGUUGAGAAAAAUUUAUGGUCCGGUUAGAAAUGAAGAUGGAACGUACAGAAUUAGAAACAAUAACGAGCUGGAGGAAUUAAUCAAGCACCAAACGGUCAUAAGAUAUAUAAAGGCGCAAAGGAUAAGAUGGCUGGGCCAUGUAAUCCGAAUGCCUGAAGAUAGCAAGGCUCAAAUAAUAUUAAAUAGAAAAGAAUAUGGAACUCAAGCUAGAGGCAGACCUAAAAUGAGGAGGAUUGAUUCGGUAGUAGACGACCUGAAAAUCAUGAAUGUCAACAACUACAUCACGGCAGCAAAGGAUCGGGAAAUUUGGAAGAGGAUAGUACAGGAAGCUUUGGUCCACAUGGGACUAUUAAUGGCAAUAUUAACAGUACGCCGUGGAUAUGGACCAAUUUUUUUUGAACAAAUUCCAUAUCCAUAA